UACUUUUCUAUAACGGCUAACCAAUCUAGCUAAUAGUAGCUUCCUUUAGCUCCUAGAAACAGCAGCUUUGGUUUAUUGUUUUUAUGAUUUAAACGGUCCAACGAAUUUGUUUUUCUUCCUCUGGAGACCGUCCUUUGAUGGGAAUUACAUCCAGGAUGAUUCCUACCGAGGAUGCGUCCGCCAGGAAGCGAGAGAUCGAGGAGAAACUGAAGCAGGAACAGGAGACCCUGUCAUUCAUCCGGGAGAACCUGGAGAAGAGCGAUCAGCUGACCAAAGGCAUGGUUUCCAUCCUGUCUUCGUUUGAGAGUCGGCUGAUGCAGCUGGAGAACUCCAUCAUCCCCGUCCACAAGCAGACGGAGAACCUGCAGAGGCUGCAGGAGAAUGUGGACAAAACUCUGUCCUGCUUGGACCAUGUCAUCAGCUACUACCACGUGGCCAAAGACACCGACAGGAUAAUCAGAGAGGGACCUUCAGGCAGACUGGAUGAAUACCUCGCCUGCAUUGCAAGGAUCCAGAAAGCUGUGGAAUACUUUCAGGACAACAACCCUGACAGCCCGGAACUUAACACAGUGAAAGCUCGCUUUGAGAAAGGGAAAGAGCUGCUGGAGGCGGAGUUCCGGAGCCUCUUGACCCGCUACAGUAAACCCGUUCCCCCCAUUCURAUCUUGGACGCCAUCAGUGUGGACGAAGACAUAGAGCUGCAGGAGGAGGUGGUCCUGGAACACCUGCCCGAAGCCGUAUUGCAGGACAUCAUCUGUAUUUCCGGCUGGCUGGUGGAAUACGGACGCAACCAGGAUUUCAUGAAUGUCUACUUCCAGAUCCGGUCCAGCCAGCUGGAUCRCUCCAUCAAAGGCCUGAAGGAACAUUUCCGCAAGAACAGCGCCUCUUCUGGUGUCCUGUACUCACCGGCAGUCCAAACCAAACGCAAGGACACGCCCACCAAAAAGGCUCCCAAGAGACCAGUCUACAUCCCAGGGACCAUUCGCAAGGCCCAGAACCUUCUGAAACAGUACUCACAGCAUGGGCUGGAUGGGAAAAAGGGGGGUUCUAACCUCACUCCUUUGGAAGGGAAAGACGAUGUCCUGGACAUCGAGAUCGACUCGUACAUCCACUGUAUCAGUGCCUUCGUUAAGCUGGCUCAGAGCGAGUAUGCCCUUCUGACRGAAAUCAUCCCUGAGCAUCACCAGAAGAAGACCUUCGACUCCCUGAUUCAGGAGGCGCUGGACAACCUCAUGCUGGAGGGAGACAACAUCGUGUCUGCGGCCCGCCGGGCCAUCAUGCGCCACGACUACUCAGCCGUUCUCACCAUUUUCCCCAUCCUCAGACACCUGAAGAUGAACAAGUCCGAGUUUGACUCAACGCUGCAGGGUACGGCUGCAAGCACCAAGAACAAGCUGCCCACUCUCAUCACCUCCAUGGAGACAAUCGGAGCCAAAGCUCUGGAAGAGUUCGCAGACAGYAUAAAGAAUGAUCCUGAUAAAGAGUACAACAUGCCCAAAGAUGGAACAGUCCACGAACUGACCAGCAAUGCCAUCCUGUUUCUGCAGCAGCUGCUCGACUUUCAUGAGACGGCCGGAGCCAUGUUGGCCUCCCAAGUUCUGGGGGACACUUACAAUAUCCCUUUAGACCCCCGAGAGACGAGUUCAGCGAGCAGCUCCACCUCAGACUUCAACAAACGUCUCCUGAGCUCGUACAUCUGUAAAGUUUUAGGAAACCUGCAGUUGAACCUGCUCAGUAAAUCCAAAGUUUACGAGGACUCGGCUCUCAGCGCCAUUUUCCUGCACAACAACUACAACUACAUCCUGAAGUCGCUGGAGAAGUCCGAGCUGAUCCAGCUGGUCACGGUCACUCAGAGGAAGGCGGAGAGUUCUUACAGAGAGCUGAUCAAGCAGCAGAUCGAUAUUUAUCAGCGCAGCUGGCUGAAGGUUUUGGAGCACCUGACAGACAAGAACAUGCCCAUUUUCCAACCAGGUGCCAAGCUGAAAGACAAAGAGCGACAGGUGAUUAAAGACAAAUUUAAGGGGUUCAAUGACGGCUUGGAGGAGCUGUGCAAGAUCCAGAAAGGCUGGGCCAUUCCAGAUAAGGAGCAGAGAGACUACAUCCGACAGUCCCAGAGGAAAAUCGUCUCGGAUGCUUACAGAGCCUUCCUCCACAGGUGUGCCAACAUCUCCUUCACUAAGAACCCUGAGAAGUAYCACAAGUACCGGUCAGAGGACGUGGAGGAGAUGAUCGAGAAGCUUUUCGACACGUCGGCCUGAUGAGCAGCUCGUCUCCCUUGUCCAGAAACGCGCCCUCCGCACGCCGCCUCCUCCCUUUCUGCACCUGAAUGUUUUCUGUCAUAUAUUUAUCCAACUUUGCCUCUCUACUGUCAAGUUUCUGAUUAAUAAACACUAAAUCAUCCUGCUU